AGUAUUGUGAAAAAAUACUGUCAAAGCAACUCGAAAUUGGAUUACACAAUUGGGGCUACGAUACUCCUAUCGAAAUGAUGACUGAUACUCGAGUUCUUCAAAGACAAAUUAUUGAAUUUAUAGCAUCUUCGAAACAACAAAAUGGACAAGAAUAUAAGGCUCAUUCACUGAAACUAGCACUUG